AUGCCGUGCCUUAACAUUUCUACAAACGUGAACUUGGAAGGAGUUGAUACUUCCUCCGUACUUUCUGAAGCUACCUCCACUGUUGCCAAACUCAUCGGCAAACCAGAAGCUUAUGUCAUGAUUGUGUUGAAGGGAUCUGUUCCCAUGGCUUUCGGGGGUACAGAACAGCCCGCUGCCUAUGGAGAGUUGGUCUCCAUUGGGGGAUUAAAUGCUGAUGUCAAUAAGAAACUCAGUGCUGCAAUAGCUGACAUACUUGAGACUAAAUUGUCUAUCCCCAAAUCUCGAUUUUUCCUGAAAUUCUAUGAUGCUAAGGGUUCCUUCUUUGGCUGGAAUGGAUCUACCCUCUGA